AUGCUCAACAUGAUGGAUCCUGAGAUGAUCAGAAUGGCUCAAGAACAGAUGAGUCGCAUGUCACCCAGUGAGUUGGCUCGGAUUCAACAACAGAUGAUGUCUAAUCCCGAGUUGAUGAGAAUGGCUACAGAAAGCAUGAAAAACAUGAAGCCUGAAGACUUCAGAUAUGCUGCUGAACAGAUGAAACAUACCCGUCCAGAGGAAAUGGCUGAGAUUGGUGAGAAGAUGGCCAAUGCAACACCUGAAGAGUUUUCUGCUAUGCGUGCCCAUAUGGAGGCGCAGAUUACUCAUGACAUAAAUGCAGCUCAAAUGCUGAAGAACCAGGGCAAUGAACUUCACGGCCAGGGAAUGUUUAAUGAUGCCUUGCAGAAAUAUUUGCUCGCAAAGAAAAAUCUAAAAGGCAUCCCAGCUUCCAAAUGUAGAAGUCUCCUGAUGGCAUGCUCUCUUAAUUUGAUGUCGUGCUACCUAAGAACAAAGCAGUUUGAUGAGUGCAUAAGCGAAGGUACAGAGGUCUUGGCACUUGAUGCAAAGAAUGUCAAAGCUCUUUACCGCAGGGGUCAAGCAUACAAUGAAGUAGGACGACUAGAAGAUGCAGUGUCUGACUUGAGCAAAGCACAUGAAGUUUCUCCUGACGAUGAAACUAUCGCAGAUGUCUUAAGGGGUGCUAAAGAAAGAUUCAUGAAAGAAAGUGGAGAGCAUGCUUCGAGAGGGUUAGUUAUUGAAGAAAUAACAGAAGAAGUCCAGACGGUUUCACCUGAAAUCUGUGAAAGUAAACCUACAGAAUAUCCUGUCUCACGACCAAAAGAAACCAGUGGCUGCUCUAAUGGUCGAAUUGACAUCCCCGAUGUGGUUCCAUCAACAGAUACAGAGUCUUUGCAGGCUUUAAAAGAUGAUCCAGAAUCUAUCAGAUCCUUCCAAAAUUUUAUUUCUCGCGCUGAUCCAGAAACUCUGGCUGCUCUGGGCGGUGGAAAAGUAGAGGGGAUAUCUCCUGAUAUGGUGAAGACUGCCUCGAAUGUGAUUAGCAAGAUGUCACCUGAAGAACUUCAAAGAAUGGUACAAAUGGCUUCCUCCUUUCAAGGGAAAAAUCCCUAUUUAGGGAAAGGCUCCUCAAACUCUAAUUUCGACAGCUUUAGUCCUGGUUUGGUUCCACCAGACUUGACACCUGACAUGCUUAAAACUGCAACCGAUAUGAUGACUAAAAUGCCAUCAGAAGAACUUCAGAAAAUGUUUGAGAUGGCAUCAUCUGUGAGAGAAAAAGCUCCAGGAUCAGCAUCAGCUGCUGCUGCUUUACAUUCUAGUGGGCUUAGAUCAGAUUUUGGGACACCUGACAUGCUUAAAACUGCAACCGAUAUGAUGAGUAAGAUGUCAUCAGAAGAACUUCAGAAAAUGUUUGAGAUGGCAUCAUCUGUGAGAGAAAAAGUUCCAGGAUCAGCAUCAUCAUCAGCUGCUGCUGCUUCACAUUCUAGUGGGCUUAGAUCAGAUAGUGGGUUAGAAACUUCAGAAACUGGGGAAAGUUUUGAAGUUAGUGGAGAUAAUUUUGGUGAAAGUAGUUCUCAAGGUUUUCUUAAUUCAAGAAGUGCUCGUCAGUCGGGCUUUCCAAGCUCGAGUGCUGACCUGCAAGAGAAAAUGAGAAACCAAAUGAACGAUCCAGCUAUGCGGCAGAUGUUCUCAUCGAUAGUUAAAAAUAUGAGCCCAGACAUGAUGGCAAGCAUGAGUGAACAAUUUGGACUAAAGCUUUCGCGGGAGGAUGCAGAAAAAGCUCAACAAGCCAUGUCAUCGUUCUCACCUGACAACUUGGAUAAAAUGAUGAAGUGGGUGGAAAGGAUUCAACGAGGAGUCGAAGGUGCAAGGAAGACAAAAAAUUGGCUACUAGGUAGGCCUGGCAUGAUAUUGGCAGUAUGUAUACUCAUUUUGGCAGUCAUCCUUCACUGGUUUGGUUUCAUCGGCCGUUAG